AUGGUACAUGACUACCAAAGACUUCAAACUCAGAAUGAGUUGAAGGGUAGUUUGCUUUUCAAGUAUAGACUAGCAAAAGGUUUGACAAUGAUUAGUUUGUUGGCUAUCAUUGUCAUGGCUGCUUGCUCUAUCUUUUAUCCAAACUACACUUUCAAUAGUACAAAAACCAUUCAACAAGAAACAAUAGUGACAGACGAAGUACAACCAGAACGUUGUCACUUGCCUAACGCCAUGAAAAUGCCUACUAGUCCGGACGGUUCUUAUACGCCUCCUGCACCCCAUUCUUCUUUAUUAAAAGCUGUUAGUUUUGCAUCGAAUCAAGAAUACCAAGACUAUUGUCAAAAAUAUGACCAAGAGUUGGGUGCUUUUAGUGACGAAUGGCCCUAUAAUCAAGAUGGUGAAUGUGGUCAUUGGCAAGAGAAAUACAUUGAUUUACACAAGAAAGAUAUGGAAAUGAUUGACAAAUACAGAGAUGGUGUCUUCCCUGAUGAUGUUGAUAUAGAACACAGACCUCGUUAUAUCUCUUAUAUCUGUAAAGAAGUGCCUGCCAACAGCAACCGUGGUUGUGGUGGUUUAGCUGAUCGAAUGGGUGAUCGUGCUUAUCUGUUAAACUGGGCUGCAUUAAAUCCUUUACCCUUGGAAACUAUCUGGGAACGUCCUCAUAUUGACUGGUCACAUGAUCCUGCCGAGAUGGAAGCCCUCUUUACAGACGACACAAACCCUUUUCUUGGAUAUCAAAAAGUCGAUCUCUUGAACAAGAAACUCAAGAACCUCACUGGUGUCAUGUUCCCAGACGGCGGCAACACAGAUUUUAAUGAUUUAUGGAAUGGCACGUAUAUCGAGACACGCUCUAAUCGUGGCUAUAUUAUUCGCACAUUUCAGCUUUCACAGAAAUACAAGAAAAUCCUCAACGCAAUGGGCUUAACAAAGGAAAACGCUUUCCGAUGCAUUACCAACUUUUUGUUUCGUCCUACCAUUGGUUCCAGACGAUUCUUGAAUGCCUACAAGAGUUUGUUUGGCAUGAAGAGUGUCCUGAGCAUUGGUAUUCAGAUUCGUACAGACGAUAAUGCAUUAGCCAAUCCUCAAUAUGAUGUCAACAGUUUGGACAAAUGGGCUCAUUUCUUUAAAUGUGCAGGUGAAUUGGCUAUUUUUAAGAAAGAAGCACAUCAUAAGCAUGUGGUGUUCUUUUUAGUGACUGAUUCAGCACAUUUACGUGAUGAAUUUGCCAAGAUGAGCUAUGAUCGUGAAUUGAUUAAGCAGUAUUUUGGUGAAGAAUUAGCAGAUAUCUCUAGUAUGGUAGUGACUGGUUUGCCUAUUGAACAUAUUGAACCAGAUCAAAUUGCUAAAUACAUUGAUGUUGAAGUACACAAGGAAGUCAAUCUGGAAAGAAUGCGACCUGGUGUCAACAGUGCUUAUAUGGAGAAUUGGUUAUUAGGAGAGACUCAAUACCGUGUUAUUAGUAUUCAAGGUUAUGGUAAGAUGGCAUCAUUUUAUUCAGGUGAUGAUAGGACAUCUAUUUCUAUGCCCAAGCCAAGUCUUAAGCAUCCAUUCCCUGUUUGCAAUACUAAAGAAGCAUUCACAACAUUUAACUGGCUUAGCACACAAUGGAGUUUAGGCUAG